AUGACAUCACACUUUGUGGAAUGUGUGUUUGGUGAUGCAGUGAAGUCAGUGCCAGUGAUGGAGGGAGAUUCGGUCACUUUACACACCGAUACUCAACUUCAGGCAGAUGAAGAUAUUAACUGGCGAUUUGGACCUAAUAAAUGUAUCAUAGCUGAAAUAAAAAAUGGGACUGUAAGCUUCUCCACACAUGAUAUUUUGGAGGGAUUCAGAGACAGGUUGAAGCUGAGCAAUAAAACUGGAUCACUUACAAUCACAAAUAUCAGAAAUACAGACGCUGGAGUUUAUGAGUUAAGAAGAAGAAACAUCUGCAGAUUCAAUAUCUCUGUUUAUGCUCGUCUGCCUGUUCCUGUCAUCAGCAAAGACUCUUCAUUAAAUCCUUCAUCAUCCUCAUCAGCAUCCACUUGUGUGUUGCUGUGUUCAGUGGUGAAUGUGAGCGCUGAACUGUCUUUUGACUCUGUGAGUCUCUCCUGGUACAAAGGAAACGGUUUAUUGUCCAGCAUGAGAGUGUCGAGCCACAGAAUCGGUCUGCUUUUACCACUGGACUGUAUAAAUGGUUCUUACAGCUGUGUGGUGGCUUAUUCAUUCACCAGUCGGACUACACAUCUCACCAACCCUGAACUCUGUCAAGCAUGCACAAGUAUGUCAAAUGUAAAAUACAAACCAUUAAUAUUUACAGCUUCACACAACAGCAGCAGGUAACAAGCCUGAACCCAGCUGUGCUGUUUUUAAUGGGAGAUUGCACUAUUUUACUUUCACUUUCACUUUUGAUUGCUUUAAAUGGUCAAUAAUUUAAACUUUUUUUACCCACAUUCUCAUCCUCCAUUAUUAUGACUGCCACUAUUACAUUCAUUUUCUCUUUUAUUUUCACUUUUGACCCACAUUCUCAUUUUCAUCCUCCAGACUCUCUGAUCAUGCUGAUUUCUGCUGCUGCUGGAUCUCUGUUGUUUCUGGUAGUUGCGAUUGGGAUUUUCUGCAUCUGCAGGAAACACAGAAAAACACAUCA